AAGAAACGCCAUUUCAAGGUACAGACAUGGCAGACCUUCUCCUUGAGAAUUAUCUUUCCUGCCAUGUGUGUUCUGAGAUUUAUACAGACCCUGUGUCUCUUAGUUGCCUCCACAACUUUUGUUUCAGCUGUAUUUCCAAGUUCUGGGAUCAAACAAAAAAUAGUAACUGUCCAAUCUGUAAGAGGAAAURUUCCAAAAGAGUGGAUGCCUAACUUUGCCCUGAAGGACCUGGCAGACUCAUACACAAAGAGGGAGAAAAGGGUGUACGUCAUUGACUCAAUGACCGAUGAAAUGAUCGGGUCUACAGGCUGUGGGAAGGAAGAGAAGAGGGGGUCCAAAGAUUUACGGAUGGAAGAAAAAAGGGAGCCCAUAGAAUCAGGUGUGGAAAAAAAGAGGGGUUCCACAGGCUCAGGGAGGGAAGAAAUAAGGGGGUCCACAGAUUCAAGAACUGAAGAAAAGCAAGUUUUUCCUGGGCUGGCUGGACAGGUGUUGUGCAGUAAACAUGCAGAGAAGCAUAAGUGGUUUUGUAUGGACGAGGGGAAAGCUGUGUGUAACGUCUGUGAAAAUCCAACUCWACACUCUGGACACAAGGUCAUUGCUAUAGAAAAGGCUGUAGUUGACCUCAAGGAAAAGCUGAAGCUGUACUUGAAGCCUAUGCAGGACAAUCUGAAGAAAUGUACUGAGACUGAGAGAAAAUACAAGCAUAUUGUUCAACACACAAAGACACAGUUGGUGGACACUGAUAAAGAUAAAGGAGGCUUUUGAGAAGCUUCACCAGUUUCUGAGAGAUGAAGAGAAGGCCAGACUAGGUGAGCUUCGGAAGGAAGAGCAGCAGAAGAGAGAUACUAUGACCACAGAAAUGAAGAUCAUUCACGACCAAAUCUCAUCUCUUACAACGGGUAUCACUACUUUGGAACAAGACUUAAAGAAGCAGGAUUUGCGCUUU